AGUGUGCACUAAACGGUAUUCUUUACUUACCGUUUCCCAUAAUAAUACGAUAUUCUCCAAUAGCAAAAUGAAUUUUUUUAUGAUGUUUCUUCUCUGCUUUGCCAGCCAACUGUUGGCGUAUUUCAUGCCAAUGUCAACAAUUGCACUUUCUUUGAAUUCAAAGACUGAUAAGCUAGCUUUGCUUGCUUUGAAGGAAAAGCUUACAAAUGGUGUAUCAGAUUAUUUGCCAUCAUGGAAUGAGUCUCUACAUUUCUGUGAAUGGGAAGGGAUUACAUGUGGUCGUCGUCACAUGAGAGUCUCUGCCUUGCAUUUGGAAAAUCAAACAUUUGGUGGCACUCUUGGAUCAUCCUUGGGAAAUCUAACAUUUCUUCGAAUGCUCAACCUUUCAAAUGUCAACUUGCAUGGUGAAAUUCCAACACAAGUUGGUCUUUUGAAACGAUUGCGAGUUCUUGACUUAGUAAACAACAAUCUUCAAGGAGAGAUUCCCAUAGAGCUCACUAACUGCACAAAUAUCAAGGUAAUUAGGUUAGCUUUGAAUAAACUCAUUGGAAGAGUUCCUGCAUACUUUGGAUCAAUGAUGCAACUUACUGAGUUGUCUCUUGGUCACAAUAAUCUAGUUGGUACUAUUCCAUCUUCCCUAGGAAAUCUUUCAUCACUCGAAAAGCUUUCAUUUCUACAAAAUCACUUGGAAGGAAGCAUACCAUAUUCUUUGGGCAGGUUGUCAGUUUUGACAUGGCUGUCUCUAAGUUUAAAUAAUUUGUCAGGUGAAAUCCCUCAUUCUCUCUACAACCUAUCAAAUAUUCAAAUUUUUUCUAUUUCAGGAAACAAUUUAUUUGGUAGUAUUCCAUCAAAUAUAGAUCUAGUUUUUCCCAAUCUUGAACAAUUCUUUAUAGGAUCUAACCAAAUUAGCGCAACUUUUCCGUCUUCAAUAUCCAACCUCACUCGAUUGCAAGUGUUUGAUAUAGCUUAUAAUAAUAUUAAUGGAGCACUACCUCUUACUUUGGGUCGAUUAAAUAAACUUGAGUUUUUUAAUAUUGGAGGUAAUUAUCAUGGGAGUGGAGGAUCUCAUGAUUUGGAUUUCCUUUCAUCCUUAACGAAUUGUACCCAAUUGUCAAAGAUCUAUCUUUUUGGCAAUAAUUUCGGUGGUGUGUUGCCGAAUUUUAUAGGAAACUUUUCAACUAAUCUUCAUUUUCUUCACAUGGAGUCUAAUAAAAUAUAUGGAGUGAUCCCGAAAACAAUUGGACAACUAAUUGGUUUAGUUGCCUUAGAUUUUGAUAACAAUUUCCUUGAGGGAACAAUUCCAGAUUCAAUUGGAAAGCUUAAGAAUCUAGGAGGAAUGGCCUUGGCUGGUAACAAAUUCACCGGUAACAUUCCAUUAGUCAUUGGCAAUCUUACUUUGUUGUAUCUAAUAGAUCUAUCUAACAAUAAAUUGGAAGGAAGCAUUCCAUUUACCAUAAGAAAUUGCACCAAAUUGCAGGAAUUACAUUUUUAUAGUAACAAAUUGAGUGGUGAUAUACUCAAUCAAACAUUUGGCUAUCUAGAUGCUUUACUAUAUCUUGACUUGUCCAACAACUUCUUGACCGGCCCCAUUCCUUCAGAGUUUGGUAACUUGAAGCAACUUUCUCAAUUGAAUCUAAGCUUGAAUAAGUUGUCUGGUGAAAUUCCUAAGGAUUUAGCUUCUUGCAUAGCAUUGACAGAACUUUGGUUGGGAGGAAACUUCUUCCAUGGAGCUAUACCUUUGUUCUUUGGUUCCUCUUUAAGGUCCCUCAAGAAAUUAAACCUUUCUGAAAAUAAUUUCUCAGGCAUUAUCCCCUCUGAACUAGAAAAUCUAACAUAUUUGAAUAGUUUAGACUUGUCUUUUAACAAUCUCUAUGGCGAGGUUCCAAAAGGAGGUGUAUUUAGCAAUGUUUCAGCAAUUUUACUAACCGGAAACAAGAACCUUUGUGGAGGAAUAUCUCCAUUGAAGCUUCCUCCAUGUUUUAAGGUGCCCUCAAAGAAACAUAAAAACCCUUUCAAAAGGAAACUUAUCAUUGGCAGUGUAGUUGGUGGCGUUUUAAUCUCUUUCGCAGUUUUGAUUAUUCUUUAUUUUCUCGCGAGAAAGUCCAAAAGGCUACCUACUUUACCAUCUUUGAAAAAUGGGAACUUCAGGGUUACUUAUGGUGAGAUACAUGAGGCCACCAAUGGGUUUUCUUCAUCCAAUUUGGUAGGGACAGGAAGCUUUGCCUCCGUUUACAAAGGAUCUCUCCUUUACUUUGAAAGACCUAUUGUUGUAAAGGUGUUGAAUCUUCAAGCACGUGGAGCUACAAAGAGUUUCACAGCUGAAUGCAAAGCUUUGGGAAAGAUGAAGCACCGAAAUCUUGUCAAGAUUCUUACAUGUUGUUCAAGCGUAGAUUAUAAGGGUGACGAGUUCAAGGCUAUUGUUUUUGAGUUCAUGCCUAAGGGGAGUCUAGAAAAGCUUCUGCACGAUAACGAAGAGUCUGGAAUUCAUAAUCUCAGCCUCACACAAAGGGUUGACAUUGCUCUUGAUGUAGCUCAUGCAUUGGAUUAUCUUCACAAUGGUACUGAGAAUGUUGUAGUUCACUGUGAUGUGAAACCAAACAAUGUUCUUCUUGAUGAUGACAUGGUAGCCCACUUGGGAGACUUUGGAUUGGCAAGGUUAAUUCAUGGAGCCACAGCAUAUUCAAGUGUAGAUCAAGUUAAUUCGUCCACAAUUAAGGGAACUAUAGGAUAUGUUCCUCCUGAGUAUGGAGCGGGUGGCCAAGUAUCACCUCAUGGCGACAUCUACAGCUACGGAAUUCUUCUAUUAGAAAUGCUCACUGGAAAGAGACCAACAAAUAGCAUGUUUUCUGGAAGUUUUAGUCUACAUGCAUUCUGUAAGAUGAAAGUUCCAGAAGGAAUCUUUGAGAUAGUAGAUUCACAUUUGCUUUUGCCAUUUGCUGAAGAUGAGACAGGGAUUGUGGAAAACAAGAUUAGGAAUUGCUUAGUGAUGUUUGCUAUAAUUGGAGUUGCUUGUUCUGAAGAGUUUCCAUCUUAUCGAAUGCCGAUAAAAGAUGUUAUAGCAAAGUUGAAUGAAAUCAAAUCAAUGUUUCCAUGCUAGGAUCCGUUGCUUGUGUUCACAAGAAAAUAUGAUUAGUCUCUAGCCAUCAAUAAAGUGUUUGUGUUGCAUUACUUUGAACUACAAUUUCUUUGUAUUGGGAAAA